UAUCUAAUCAAUACCACAGGACAUUGGGCUGAUUGGGUAUAGGAAUUACUGAUUUGUGGCCUCUGGCAUAAAUUCUCACUUUGUAUGAGUAUAUCAACUUUUUUCCUUCUCUGCCCUUUAGUUCUAAAAUUUCUGUCCCAAGUGCAGCAUUUUAUUUAUCUGUCAAAAGAGCAUGGAAAGCAAUCAGACAUGGAUCUCAGAAGUCAUCCUGCUGGGAUUCCAAGUUGACCCAGAACUUGAAGUUUUCCUCUUUGGCCUCUUCUUGUUAUUCUACAGCCUCACACUGCUGGGGAACGGGGUCAUCCUGGGGCUCAUCUGCCUGGACUCCAGACUGCACACCCCCAUGUACUUCUUCCUGUCACACCUCGCCAUCGUUGACAUGGCCUAUGCCUCAAGCACUGUCCCUAAGAUGCUGGCAAAUCUUAUAAUGCAGAAGAAAACCAUCUCUUUUGCUCCAUGCAUACUUCAGACUUUUCUGUAUUUGGCAUUUGCAGUCACAGAGUGUCUGAGUCUGGUGGUGAUGUCCUACGAUCGGUACGUGGCCAUCUGCCACCCCCUGUACUACUCGGUCAUCAUGAGCUGGAGAGUGUGCACAGUCCUGGCUGCCACGUGCUGGAUUUUCAGCUUCCUCUUGGCCCUGGUCCAUAUUUCUCUCAUUCUGAGGCUACCCUUUUGUGGACCACAAAAAAUAAACCACUUUUUCUGUCAAAUCAUAUCAGUAUUCAAAUUGGCCUGUGCCGACACCAGGCUCAACCAAAUCGUCCUCUUUGUAGGCUCCGUGUUUGUCUUAGUCGGGCCCCUCUGCCUGGUUCUGGGCUCCUAUGCGCGGAUCCUGGCCGCCAUCCUGAGGAUCCAGUCAGCUGAGGGCCGCAGGAAGGCCUUCUCCACCUGCUCCUCCCACCUCUGCAUGGUCGGGCUCUUCUUUGGCACUGCCAUCGUCAUGUACUUGGCGCCCAAGUCCAGCCAUUCUCAAGAACAAAGGAAGAUUCUGUCAUUGUUUUACAGCCUUUUCAACCCUAUGCUGAAUCCCUUAAUCUACAGUUUGAGGAAUGCAGAGGUGAAGGGUGCCCUGAGGAGAUUUCUGGAGAAGAAGAGAUCGUUGUGA